AUGAUUCUUGUUGAUGUGCUAAGGGCCUAUCCCACUGGCCUGGGGGUACAGAUACACAAGUGCUAUCAGGAAGCUUUGAAGCUGCCAGCUGAAGCAUUUCUACGCUUUGGCAUCAAGGUUCCUAAGAAGCCUCCGAGCCAGAUUUUUCAUGACAUGCCUAUUGGCGACAUCUGGGGCGAAGCUGAUCUUCUUCCAGUCUUCGAGUAUUUGUACACAUGCAAGUAUGUCAGGAUCCCCGAUGAUUGGGUAAUUCCAAUGAAGGCGUUCAAGCACGACCUCUUGAAAGAAGCUGCUUGGAUGCUAGAUAGGCGCAUGAUGUCGAGACAUGUACAUGUAGAACCUCUAUAUAGCCUAGGUUGA